CUCUGAUACUGGAUAAUACAUGUUCCAUAAACCAGGAGAAGUUCACAGAAAAGAAAAGAAAACGGUGUAGGAUCUACUCACAUCUACUUAAGAAGGAUUCUCACCACAAGACAACUUUCCCUUCCUUUACUUUACAUUUAUUCAUCAUGACUAGCACUGCUGUUACCACAGCCAACGUGACCAGAACCGACUGCCACGAGGUUGAAAUUCCUAUCGGCAUUUUCAUGGCUAUUGGUAUCGUAAGCCUGAGUGAAAAUCUCCUGGUUGUGGUGGCAGUGAUCCGUAAUAAAAACCUUCAUUCGCCCAUGUACUGCUUCAUCUGCAGCCUGGCGGCUUUUAACACCAUUUGCAGCCUCUCCAAAACCUGGGAGAACAUCAUGCUGGUCUUUACGGGUGUCGGCCAGUUAAACUCCCGAGGAACCUCCGAGCUCAGUAUAGAUCGUGUGAUGGACACUCUGCUCUGCAUGUCCUUUCAAGGUUCGAUCUUCAGCCUCCUGACGAUAGCUGUGGAUCGCUACGUGACCAUAUUCCACGCGCUGCGCUAUCACACUCUCAUGACUAUGAGGCGCACGGCAGCCAUUUUGAUCACGAUCUGGACCACGUGUGGCGUCAGCGGCGGCCUCAUGGUGGGAUUCUUCGAGGCCGACGUGGUUAAGAUCUUCUUCAUCGUGCUCUUCUUCACAGCGCUGUUUCUCAUCCUCCUGCUUUACGUGCACAUGUUUUUGCUGGCACGGUAUCACGCCAGCAGGAUCGCGUCCAUGCCAGGAAGCGCAGGGCACCACAGGAAGAGCGGUAUGAGAGGGGCUCUGACUCUCACCAUCCUCUUCGGUGUGUUCGUGGCUUGCUGGGCUCCUUUCUUCCUCCACCUCUUGAUUAUUACCGUGUGUCCAGAAAACCCGUACUGUGAGUGUUAUCGCUCGCUCUUUCAGCUACACGUGGUGCUGCUGAUGAGUCACGCGGUGAUCGAUCCGGCCAUUUACGCCUUCCGCAGCGCCGAGCUACGAAACACCUUCAGGAAGAUGUUCUGCUCAUCACCAUGUCGACCUCAUACCUGAAUGAGGAGCGUUAUGUGGAUUACACAGACCAUGAGGAGAAUUUAGAAAUUAGUAAUUAGUUAUUUAUAUCACUAAGGCAGUAGCUUCAC